UGCGACUCCCGCGAGCCGGGGCUGGGCUCUGGGAGGCGGGCGGCGGCAGCCGAGCAGUGGCGGGGCUGUCACCUUAGCGAGCCCGGCUCCUGGCGCUAUCCCGGGCCGUUCCUUCCGUUUCCCCGGGCUCCCGGCGUUGACAUCUGCAGAGCGGAGAGCUGUAUGUGCGCGCGCGCGGGAACGGAAGAAUGGCAGUGCUCAAACUCUGCGACCAGCCACCACUGGUCCAGGCGAUCUUCAGUGGCGAUCCAGAGGAGAUCCGCAUGCUCAUCCAUAAGACUGAAGAUGUGAACGCACUGGAUUCUGAGAAACGAACCCCGCUUCAUGUGGCUGCAUUCCUGGGAGAUGCAGAGAUCAUUGAACUCCUGAUUUUGUCAGGAGCUCGUGUAAAUGCCAAGGACAACAUGUGGCUGACCCCACUGCACCGGGCUGUUGCUUCCAGAAGUGAAGAGGCAGUGCAAGUACUGAUUAAACACUCGGCUGAUGUCAAUGCAAGGGACAAGAAUUGGCAGACCCCCCUCCAUGUGGCAGCAGCCAAUAAGGCCGUCAAGUGUGCAGAAGUGAUCAUUCCCCUACUGAGCAGUGUCAAUGUCUCUGACCGCGGGGGACGCACAGCCUUGCACCACGCGGCUCUGAAUGGACACAUGGAGAUGGUCAGUUUACUCUUGGCCAAAGGGGCCAACAUCAACGCAUUUGACAAGAAAGACCGACGUGCUCUCCACUGGGCCGCAUACAUGGGCCACCUGGACGUUGUGGUAAUGCUCAUUAACCACGGUGCAGAAAUGACCUGCAAGGACAAGAAGGGCUACACCCCGCUGCACGCUGCAGCCUCCAAUGGGCAGAUCAAUGUUGUCAAACAUCUCCUGAACCUGGGGGUGGAGAUUGAUGAAAUCAAUGUCUAUGGGAACACAGCGCUUCACAUUGCCUGCUACAAUGGCCAGGAUGCUGUCGUUAAUGAGCUGAUCGACUACGGUGCUAACGUGAACCAGCCCAACAACAGUGGCUUCACCCCUCUGCAUUUCGCAGCGGCCUCCACUCACGGUGCUCUGUGUCUGGAACUGCUAGUGAACAAUGGGGCCGAUGUGAACAUUCAGAGUAAGGAUGGCAAAAGUCCUCUGCACAUGACAGCUGUCCAUGGACGGUUCACACGGUCACAAACCCUCAUCCAGAAUGGAGGUGAAAUCGACUGUGUGGAUAAGGAUGGCAACACGCCUCUCCAUGUGGCUGCAAGAUAUGGUCACGAGCUUCUGAUUAACACCCUGAUAACUAGUGGAGCCGACACAGCCAAGUGUGGAAUCCAUAGCAUGUUUCCCCUACAUUUAGCUGCUCUAAAUGCUCACUCUGACUGCUGCAGGAAGUUGUUAUCAUCUGGCUUUGAAAUAGACACCCCAGAUACAUUUGGAAGAACAUGCCUCCACGCCGCUGCUGCAGGAGGCAAUGUCGAAUGUAUAAAGCUCUUGCAGAGCAGCGGAGCAGAUUUUCACAAAAAGGACAAAUGUGGGAGGACCCCUUUGCACUAUGCUGCUGCAAAUUGCCAUUUCCACUGUAUUAAAGCAUUAGUGACCACCGGAGCCAACGUUAAUGAAACAGAUGACUGGGGACGGACAGCUCUGCACUAUGCUGCUGCGUCAGACAUAGAUAGAAAUAAGAUGAUCUUAGGAAAUGCCCAUGACAAUUCUGAAGAACUUGAAAGAGCCAGGGAAGUGAAGGAAAAAGACGCUGCACUAUGUCUAGAAUUUCUGCUUCAAAAUGAUGCAAACCCAUCCAUCCGGGACAAGGAAGGCUACAAUAGCAUCCACUAUGCUGCUGCCUAUGGCCACAGGCAGUGUCUAGAACUGCUUUUGGAAAGAACCAACACUGGCUUUGAAGAAACAGAUGGUGGUGCUCUCAAGAGUCCACUCCACUUAGCGGCCUACAAUGGCCACCACCAAGCCUUGGAAGUCCUUCUCCAGUCCCUAGUGGACCUGGACAUCAGAGAUGAGAAAGGUCGGACAGCUCUGUACCUAGCAGCUUUCAAGGGACACACCGAAUGUGUGGAAGCUCUUGUUAACCAGGGUGCAUCCAUCUUUGUAAAAGACAAUGUCACCAAAAGAACUCCACUUCAUGCCUCAGUUAUUAACGGUCACACGCUGUGUUUGAGGCUACUACUUGAAACAGCAGACAACCCGGAAGUGGUUGAUGUGAAAGAUGCCAAGGGACAAACCCCACUGAUGCUGGCAGUAACAUAUGGACACAUUGAUGCUGUUUCAUUGUUACUUGAGAAGGAAGCAAACGUAGAUGCUGUUGACGUAGUGGGAUGCACAGCUUUACAUAGAGGGAUUAUGACAGGACAUGAGGAAUGUGUGCAAAUGCUGCUGGAACAAGAAGCAUCAAUCCUCUGUAAAGAUUCCAGAGGGAGGACACCCCUACACUAUGCAGCUGCUCGGGGCCAUGCCACAUGGUUGAAUGAAUUGCUCCAGAUUGCACUUUCUGAAGAGGACUGUUGUCUCAAAGACAACCAGGGAUACACACCACUGCACUGGGCUUGUUACAAUGGUAAUGAAAACUGCAUAGAGGUACUUUUGGAGCAAAAGUGUUUUCGAAAAUUUAUUGGUAAUCCCUUCACUCCACUGCACUGUGCAAUAAUAAACGGUCAUGAGAGCUGUGCAUCAUUGCUCCUGGGGGCCAUAGAUUCCAGCAUUGUCAGCUGUAGGGAUGACAAAGGCAGGACAACCCUCCAUGCGGCAGCCUUCGGUGACCAUGCAGAGUGCUUGCAGCUGCUCCUGAGACAUGAUGCUCAAGUGAAUGCCAUAGACAAUUCAGGGAAAACAGCGCUGAUGAUGGCUGCUGAGAACGGGCAGGCAGGCGCUGUGGAUAUUUUGGUGAACAGUGCCCAGGCUGACCUGACUGUGAAGGAUAAGGACUUGAAUACUCCCUUACACCUGGCUAUCAGUAAAGGCCAUGAGAAAUGUGCCUUGUUAAUACUUGACAAGAUACAAGACGAGAGCCUUAUCAAUGCGAAGAACAGUGCACUGCAGACACCCCUCCAUAUUGCUGCACGCAAUGGCUUGAAGGUGGUAGUUGAAGAGUUGCUGGCCAAAGGAGCCUGUGUACUUGCUGUAGAUGAAAAUGGUCAUACCCCGGCCCUGGCUUGUGCUCCUAACAAAGACGUGGCUGACUGCCUGGCCCUCAUUCUGGCUACCAUGAUGACUUUUUCUCCUUCCAGUACAAUGACGGCUGUCAACUUCGUUUGUUUUAGAAAAGACAAUUUGAGCAGAACGACCCUCUCCAAUCUGGGUAGUAGGGUUAGUCUGUGCAGUAACAAUCUUGGCUCUGAGGAUGGGUACAAUGAAAAUGAUUCUGAUUCGGAAACAUUCUAACUUUGGACUGUAGAGGUGUUUCCCCCAAUACCUGUGUUUCAGGAAGGGGUGGAAGCUUGAAUUCCAGGUUACACUGUAUUCAGGCACUUGAGGCCAAGCUUCCAGAAGCCAGCAGAAAAGCCAGUCUAACCAAAAGAGGACAACUAGGCCGUAGGCUGAAACACACACAAAUGGGCCUGGGUUUUGUUUUGCUUCAUGUUUUCUUUAGAUCUAAGGUACUUCUAUGAAAGUCUACCUCUCAUUUUAAGUAAGGACAAAAAAUUCUUCAUCUUUGGGGAUAAUGCAACAGAGAGACAAAUAUUCAGUCUAAAGAUUUCUUUUUUCCCAUGUACUCACCAGUGAGUUCUGUGAGGUCAGUCAAGGUGACAUUCAUUUCCCUAGGAGGGGCGGGAAGAGGAGAUGGGAAAUGCCUGGGCCCUCCUCUCACUCUGAUGUUUA